AAUGGAGCGGAAGGUAAAGUAACGAUCCCUCGUUUCAACUCCUUCUCGCUCUCGCUCGUCUCAUCUCAUCUCCCUUCUCCGAUCGUCAACUCCUCCCCAUUCAUUCUCCCGCCGCCGGUGAUCCCCUCCCCGCCGCGAAAGAUUUUUUGGCUUUCGAGGUGAAAUCUUCCGAAAUAAGGUAGGGAAGAUAAUUGGGUGAGGAUAGAAGAAGCAAUCAUUGACCAAUAAACGCAAAAACAACAGUUGAGGUGGUGGAAAGAGCUUAGUAAAUAGAUCAAGGAGGAAUUCUGGUGACCUUCUUUCAGCUCUUAUCAAGAAAACAUCUCCAGGACCAUCUCCUUUAGCUGCCAACCUGAUGAUUGUGAAUGACAGAGCUCUUUGACUCAGCGAGGAUGGCAGACACUAAAUACGUAGGUAGAAGAUGGGAGGACAUGGAUACUGAUGUCCUGGUGAAGAUAUUUAAGGAGUUAAACAUGAUCCAACUGGCUCCAGUUUCCCGGGUUUGUCGUUCGUGGCGCAUGGCUUGUUCAGAUCCAUUUAUUUGGAACACCCUUGACCUGGGUCACCUGCAGUCCAACUUUAUCCAGACAACAGCACCGCCAUAUAUAUGGGUGGAUGAAAGGUCUGAUAGGAGGUUGACUCGAAUAUUGAGGAUGGCUAUGGCUCUUAGUUUUGGAAAUGUCACGUACAUGAUCUUUCAUUUUAAUCUAUACAUGAAAGAUGAUCAUCUUAGUUACAUAUCAGAAAGGUCUCCUUAUCUUAGAAGACUAGUUAUGCCGGCUUGGAACCGCAUCACAAAUGUUGGGAUAUGCCAAGCCAUCCGGAGAUGGGAGAAUCUGGAAUCACUUACAAUGCCUGGUAUUCCCCAUCCUCCAUACAUAAUGGAAGAAAUAAGUAGAAGCUGCAAAAAUUUCUCACAGCUUAAGGUUAUGGGUACAUUUGAUGUGAACUUUGCAUUUGCUAUCACGGUGAACCUUCCAAAGUUAAAAGUAUUAAGCCUGCGAUGCUCUAUAAUCACAAAGCAAGCCUUGCUGCUUAUCUUGGACUCCAUGGAUAGUCUGGAGGUGCUCAAUAUAUCUCACUGCCUUUUGCUUGAAACCCUUCGGAGACCGGUUCACUCAGAACUAGACCAAGCCAUCCUUAACAAGGGUUCACGGAUACGCGAAUUCUUCCAUUGCCAGAGCAACUCAUGCACUACAUGCAAGAGGAUGAUCGAAGAUGAAGGUCUGAUGCGGUGGUACCGGUACGAGGAUUGGUUCUGGCGCCACGAUGAGGUUAGCUCUCUUGAUCUCGGGGACUACGGAAAGUUGUUCGAUGAAAACUGUGUGAACAGAUUGACUGCUUCAUAGUGACAGUAUUUUUGAAGAAUACACAUGCUUAUUUAUCGGAAGAUUUUCAGAUAUGUGCAUUAUUGUUUUAACAAAACAAUAAUGGAUUGGCAGACAAUCAAUUACAGUGUUCUGCAUCUCUGUCUUUAAAGAAUGCUAUGAUGAACAGAGAGACUUCAUCAGCUGUUACAUCAAAAUAAUGAAAUCAGAAGGCCUAGUAUCAGAGAAAAGUCUGCCUAGGUACUUGUUCUGUUGUAUAAAAACUAGUUCCAAUGAAUGCCUGUUGCUAAAUGUAUAGAACUGCAUUGGAGUUUGCAGUCCAAGCUUUAGAUGAGAUAGAUAGAAGAAUACACUGUAAAGUGUUCUUGAUGUUUAAGAUGCAUCAUCACUUGAAGGAUUCACUGCCCAAAUGCAAGGGUGAUUCUACAAGUUGUGUAAAAGUAGUACAAAGUGUGGGCCGUAUGCAUUAUUUGCUGGUAAA